AACACAAUUUGGUAUUUUUGAAAUUUCCACUCCCGCAUAAGUUGUUAUCAAAAAUUCGUUGGAAGGGGUCCCUCCGAAGAUAUUUAAGCAGGUCCACGCUCAAUUUUCGAGUAGUUGGUUCGCUGUGACCAUCUCUUCUAAUUUCUUUACAUAAAAACAACAAAAAUGGCGGACAAGGAAAAGAAGAAGAAGCCAAAGAAGAAGGAAGAUGCUGAACCAGAAGCAGAAAUCAAGUCACCAACAGAAUCAAAUCGGGCGAGCCGAGGCAGCAAACGGGCUAAACGAUCUGGUUCAAAUGUCUUUAGCAUGUUUACCCAAAAGCAAGUAGCCGAAUUCAAGGAGGGAUUUUCACUAAUGGAUCAUGAUAAAGAUGGAAUAAUAGGCAAGAGUGAUUUACGUUUUACUUUUGAUCAAGUUGGAAAAAUCUCCAGCGAAAAGGAAUUGGAUGAGAUGCUCAGCGAAGCUUCUGGUCCACUAAACUUCACACAAUUAUUAAACCUUUUUGGAACAAGAAUGUCCAGUUCAGGAGGCGCCGAUGACGAUGAUGUUGUUCUCAAAGCAUUCAAAAGCUUUGAUAACGGACAAGGAAAAAUCGACGGAGAAAAAUUCAGAAAAGCAUUAAUGACAUUUGGAGACAAAUUUUCACAGAAGGAAGUUAAUGAAGCUUAUGACAUGAUGUACAUAGACGAUAAGGGACGAAUUGACACCGAGAGUCUUAUUGGCAUGAUUUUGGGAACGGGAGACGAUGAAGAAGAACAAUAAAUAUCAAAUUCUGUUCGCCAUUAAUUAUUUUGUAUUUCACUAAGAUUAAAUUUAAUAAAACUUAGGUUAUUAAAUUAUAA